UACUCACAGCCCACACCCGCUGGGGCGCAGAAGCUAGAAGCCGUACCAUGGCUGGCAAGAAAGUCUGCAUUGUCGGCUCCGGGAACUGGGGCUCAGCCAUUGCCAAGAUCGUGGGUAGCAAUGCAGCCCGGCUGGCACACUUUGACCCUCGGGUGACCAUGUGGGUGUUUGAGGAAGACAUCGGGGGCAGAAAGCUAACUGAGAUCAUCAACACACAGCAUGAGAAUGUCAAAUACCUACCAGGGCACAAGCUGCCCCCCAAUGUGGUGGCUGUCCCAGAUGUGGUUCAGGCUGCAACAGGUGCUGACAUCCUGAUCUUUGUGGUGCCCCAUCAGUUCAUUGGCAAGAUCUGUGACCAGCUCAAGGGCCACUUGAAGGCCAAUACUAUCGGCAUAUCUCUAAUUAAGGGGGUAGACGAGGGCCCCAACGGGCUGAAGCUCAUCUCUGAAGUCAUUGGGGAGCGCCUUGGCAUCCCUAUGAGCGUGCUAAUGGGGGCCAACAUUGCCAGCGAGGUGGCUGAUGAGAAGUUCUGCGAGACGACCAUUGGCUGCAAGGAUUCGGCCCAGGGACAGCUCCUGAAGGAGCUAAUGCAGACGCCCAACUUUCGCAUCACUGUGGUACAAGAGGUGGACACAGUGGAGAUCUGUGGGGCCUUGAAGAACAUAGUGGCCGUCGGGGCUGGCUUCUGUGACGGGCUUGGCUUUGGCGACAACACCAAGGCAGCAGUGAUCCGGCUGGGGCUCAUGGAGAUGAUCGCCUUUGCCAAGCUCUUCUGCCGAGGCUCUGUGUCCUCUGCCACCUUCCUGGAGAGCUGCGGCGUUGCUGAUCUUAUCACUACCUGCUAUGGUGGGCGGAACCGCAAAGUGGCAGAGGCCUUUGCUCGCACUGGAAAGUCCAUUGAGCAGCUGGAGAAAGAGAUGCUGAAUGGGCAGAAACUCCAGGGGCCCCAGACAGCCCGGGAGCUACACAGCAUCCUCCAGCACAAGGGUCUUGUGGACAAGUUUCCCUUGUUCACUGCUGUGUACAAAGUGUGCUAUGAGGGUCAGCCGGUGGGUGAGUUCAUUCACUGCCUGCAGAACCACCCAGAACACAUGUGAGCGGAACCAGGGCCCAGGACAGGCAGCUCCUUUACCCCAACGGAGACAAGCAGAAGCUGACGCCACUUGUCAUCAGAAUGAUCUGCAGUACCCCCCCACACCCCCCGCCAGCGGGGUCCUCACUGAAGGACACUGAGGACGAGGGGCUGUGGGGCUCCACACCUGGAGAUACAGGGUUCUGUUGCCCAGCCUGCGGCCUCUUGCAGAACUGGAGCGUCCUCACUGUCUUCUGGGAGGCGCAGAAUCCAGCCUGCUCCAGGGCCGGGGUGGGGGAAGGGAAAGUGUCAGGUCCAGGGCUGCAGUUCUGCCUCACACACACUGGGAAUCUGUCCCAAGCCCCAUGAAGUGACUGAAGAGGUAUGAGGCAAAGCUGCCAAGGGGAAGGGUCUGGACACCUGAGCUGACCAGGCCCCAGAGACCCCUUGGCUGACCUCUGCUAGGCCCCACACAGCAUCAAUGAUCUCGGUAUUUGUUAGCAAAAUACAAAGAUCUCAAACAACUCCCUUCUAACUUCUCCUAGCAACAAUUGCGUCCUCAGAAGCCUCUGCUCAUUCUGCUUCCCCCUCCCCGGGGCGACUCUGGCCAAGAGUUGCUCCACUCUGGCAUCUCUGGCCCCCAGGGUUUGCCAUUCUUCCCAACGACUUCCUGGUUCCUAGAGCUUUGCCAGCGCCUCCCCACCCUGUGUGACCUUUUCAAGUUCUUCCUUGCCUGCACCCGGCCGCCAGCACCCUCUUUGGGGAGCAGGAACUUAAUCUGCUGACAGGGCUACACUUUUUCAUAGCAGGCUCAGAUCACCCAGGCUCACCUGACCUUCUUACUUGUCCCAUCUCCCUGUCAGUAGUUCUGGCUGGGGGAAGUGUCAGCCAGCCUCUCCUACUGCGGACACUUUUUAAAAGGUACCCCAAGCCCAUCUCUUUCUUCUCAGGGUCCGCCCCACAAGGCCACUUCUCUUUGGGGUCAUCACCACCCUCUUCUUUAACACCGCGUAGGAUUCAUAGCUUAUCUUCACCAGCUCCUUCAUCCUGUAUUCUUGACUCUGCCCCUUCCUCUUGCCCAGCCCAGUACCUCCUUCAGCUGUUCUCAAACAGCUGGGAGUGCUAGCCAGCCUCUGGAGGCUUGGGGCCAAGGAGUAGCUCAAAGGUUCAGUAGGUUUCCACAGUGGUCAGUGCUCCUGAUAGUCCAAUGCCAGCUCUCCUAGGAAUGAGGUCCUCGGGAAGUACUGACCACACGCAUCCGAAGAUGGGAAAGUCAAGGGAGGGACCACUGAGAACAGCCUGCCCUGGGGUGAGGGAAGAACAGAAGGGGGAAGGGACCUAGGCUCUGCACUGGCUUUUUUCCAAGCUUGGGGCAGCAGGAGAAUGUCACAGAUCAGCAGCCUGCAGCCCAAGCUAUAAAUAGUCGCCGAGAGUUGAGAGGGUUCACCCUCCAGCAGGGGUCUCCAUUUCGUGUGUGGCAGCAACUGGCACACUGUGGCUCUGGCCAGCUUUAUGUUAAACUGACACACUAAGGUGCCAGGCUCCCCUCUGCUCCUAGCCUUUAAGAGUUCGGUCUCACCAGUGAAGGUCGAGUAAGGUGAAGAGGGGGAGCCCUUUCAUGCCUGCUGGCUGGGCCGGAACCCUCCCACACAUUGACUGAUUCAGAGCUGCCUCCCAGGAGGCUGGGGUAGGAUGCAGACCCAGAUUCCAACACCUUCACUCUGCUCAAUCAGGCAACUGUGGAUCUGAGGUCCUCUGUCAGGCCACUUGUCUACCCAAUAAAGUGUUGUUUUUCCAGAAA